UCGGGCGGGCUCUGGCGCGACCCGAUUGCAGAGGCACUCGGUUGGGGACUGAGUUGCGGUCGCAGGCGCCAGCAGAGUCGGGGUCGGAGCCGGGCAGCAAGGGCUCGGAGCGCAGUGCUCCGGGCGGGUGGCGGGGAGCUUAUGGCGGAGCCCACGGCGCGACACCUGUCGCUGCCCUCGGGGCUCCUGGAGCUGUGCGCGUUGCUGGGCGCCUCUCAGGACAGCCUCCGCGGCCUGGAGCAGAUUGCCCAGAAACGAGGAACGAAGAGCCUCUCUUCCCUUGCCCCUGAAGUUCUGUCUGUGUUCGUGCCUCCUUUCACCGCAAAAGACGAUGGCCAGGCGCUUGGGACCAGCUGUACUCUCAGCAAAGCCAGGAGGCGGUCCUUCCGGAAGAAGAGGGAAAAGCCCAGGAUGGAGAACUGGAAGAGCCACCCCGGAGACUUGAAGGGGCCCGAUUCUGAGGAUGUUACCAUCCCAGGGGGCGUGGACCUCCUUGCCCUGCCCCAGCUGUGCUUCCCAGGUGGCGUCUGUGUGACUUCGGAACCAAAAGAGGAUUACAUCCAUUUCCUGGUCCUCACGGAUAUCUGUGGGAACAGAACCUACGGUGUGGUCGCCCAGUACUACCGACCCCUGCAUGAUGAAUAUUGUUUCUACAAUGGCAAGACCCACUGGGAGCCCAGCGUGAGCUCGGCUAGACGCUUUGUGCCCUUCGCGGUGUGCGUGGUGUCCCGGUUCCCAUACUACAAUUCCCUCAAGGACUGCCUCUCCUGUCUCUUGACUCAUCUGAAGCUCUGCAAAGACUUUGAAGUUGACAAUCACAUAAAAGAUUUUGCCGCAAGACUGUCGUUAAUACCCAGCCCACCACCUGGGCCGCUCCACUUGAUAUUUAACAUGAAGCCGCUGCAAGUUGUGUUUCCUUCUCGAGCCGACCCCGAGAGCCCCAUCAUCGACCUGGACCUUCACCUGCCCCUGCUGUGCUUCCGGCCCGAGAAGGUGUUGCAGAUCCUGACCUGCAUCCUGACGGAGCAGCGCAUCGUGUUCUUCUCCUCAGACUGGGCCCUGCUGACGCUCAUCGCGGAAUGCUUCGUGGUCUACAUCCACCCGCUGCAGUGGCAGCACACCUUUGUGCCCAUCCUGUCGGGACAGAUGCUGGAUUUCGUCAUGGCUCCCACAUCUUUCCUCAUGGGCUGUCACCUGGAUCACUUUGAAGAAGUCAGAAAGGAGGCGGAUGGUUUGGUCCUGAUAGACAUUGACCAUGGGAGUGUCACCUGCUCUACGUCCUCUGACAGCGACAUCGCUAUCCCUGAUGUCCCCCUUGUGCUGGCACAGACCUUCAUUCAGAGAGUCCAGAGCCUCCAGCUGCAUCCAGACUUGCACCUUGCCCACCUGAGCUCCAGCACAGACUUGAACGAGGGCCUUGCCCGCCGCCGAGCCUGGCAGCAGACGCUCAACUGCAAGAUCCAGCAUAUCACCCUCCAGCUGCUCGUUGGCAUCUUCAGGGAAGUGAAGAAUCACUUGAAUUAUGAGCACCGCGUGUUCAACAGCGAGGAGUUUCUCAAGACGCGGGCAGCAGGGGACCAGCAGUUUUAUAAGCAGGUUUUGGACACCUACAUGUUCCACUCCUUUCUGAAGGCCCGGCUCAACGGCAGGAUGGACGCCUUUGCCCGGAUGGACCUUGACACCCAGUCUGAGGAGGACAGGAUAGACAGGAUGCUCAUCAGUCCAAGGAGACCAACUGUGGAGAAGAUGGCCUCUAGGAAGGCUUCACCUCUGCACAUCACCCACAGGCGCAUGGUGGUCAGCAUGCCCAACCUGCAGGAUAUCUCCCUGCCCGAGCUGCCACCCAGAAACUCAUCGCUUCGGAUAAUGGACACCUCAAGCUGUAAAAGCAGCAGUCCAGUUCUCAAAGUGACCCCAAAGUCAACAUAUACAUUCAAGAUCCCCGAGAUCCACUUCCCGCUGCUGAGCCAGUGUGUUCAGACCUACUACACAGACCUCACCGCUCUCCUGAGCAAGGCCAUGGGCCUGCUGGGCCCUGGUGACUCUCUGCUUCUGGCCAGGUACUUCUACCUGCGGGGCCUUAUCCACGCAAGGCAGGGGCAGCUGCUGAGCGCCCUCUUGGAUUUCCAGAACCUGUACAAGACCGACAUAGGGAUCUUCCCAGCCGACCUUGUUAAGAGCAUGGUGGAAUCCAUGUCUGCCUCCGAGUGGGCCCAGGCUGAGCGGACUCCCGAGCUGAGGCGGCUCAUCACAGAGGUCCUGGACAAGCCGGGCGAGGCCCCCAAAGCAGAUGACGCCGUGAAGAACUUCGAACUGCCCAAGAAGCACAUGCAGCUGAACGACUUCGUGAAGCGGGUCCAGGAGUCGGGGAUUGUGAAAGACACCGUUAUCAUCCAUCGCCUGUUUGACGCACUGACCAUGGGACAUGAAAAACAGAUCGACCCUGAAACAUUCAGAGACUUCUACACCUGCUGGAAGGAGACAGAAGCAGAGGCACAAGAGGUCAGCCUGCCUGCACUGCUGAUGGACCAUCUGGAUAAGAACGAGUGCGUGUACAAGCUGUCGAGCUCCGUGAAGACCAACCGCGGCGUUGGCAAGAUCGCCAUGACCCAGAAACGCCUGUUCCUGCUCCCCGAGGGGCGGCCGGGCUACGUGGAGAUCGCCACUUUCAGGAACAUAGAGGAAGUCAAAAACACCACAGUGGCCUUUCUCCUCCUGAAGAUACCCACCUUAAAGAUCAAGACGGUGGCCAAGAAGGAAGUCUUCGAGGCUAACCUGAAGUCCGAAUGUGACCUGUGGCACCUGAUGGUGAAGGAGAUGUGGGCCGGGAAGAAGCUGGCAGACGACCACAAGGACCCGCAGUACGUCCAGCAAGCACUGACCAACGUCUUGCUCAUGGAUGCCGUAGUUGGCACACUGCAAUCGUCCAGCGCCAUACAUGCUGCCUCCAAGCUGGCCUACUUUGACAAGAUGAAGAACGAAACACCCAUGGCAGUCCCAAAGACAACCUCGGAGACCCUAAAACACAAGAUUAACCCUUCAGCAGGAGAGACUGCUCCCCAAGCUGUUGACGUCUUGCUGUAUACUCCAGGGCGCCUUGACCCUGCAGAGAAGGUUGAAGAUGCACACCCUAAGUUGUGGUGUGCCCUGAAUGAAGGCAAAGUGGUCGUGUUUGAUGCUUCCUCCUGGACCAUCCACCAGCAUUGCUUUAAAGUGGGUGCCUCCAAAGUGAACUGUAUGGUGAUGGCAGAGCACAGCCAGGUGUGGGUGGGCUCUGAGGACUCCGUCAUCUACAUCAUCAACGUGCACAGCAUGUCCUGCAACAAACAGCUCACGGACCACCGUGCAGCGGUCACUGGCUUGGUGGUGCACGAUGGGAAGAAACCCAGUGAGGUCUACUCCUGUAGCCUGGACGGGACGGUCCUGGCAUGGAAUGUCAGCACAUUGCGAGUGACCAGCCGGUUCCAGCUGCCAUACGGUGACCUCAUGUCCAUCAGCCUGCAUGGUGACCGCCUGUGGUGUUGUACAGGCCGCAGCAUUGUGGUGGUGACAAUGCAGGGUUUCCAUCGUCAUGAGCUGAAGAUCAAGAACUCCGACCAGGCUUCUGUCCCCUUGCUGGCCUUCCAGCUUCUGCCUGAGAAGGAGCAGCUGUGGGUGGCCGGCGCGGGGUGCAGUGAUCUGUAUGUCUGGAGCAUGAAGGACCUGGGCCAGCCUCCGCGGAAGACCCCUGUGCCAGACUGCACCGAGAUUAGCUGUAUGAUCCGAGUGAAGAGGCAGAUCUGGGUGGGUGGCAGGGGGCUGUCACAGGGAAGACCCAGAGGGAAAAUCUUUGUGAUGGACGUGGAGAAGAUGACAGUGGAGAAGGAGCUGGUGGCACACGCUGACACUGUGAAGACCCUGUGCUCAGCCGAGGACCGCUAUGUGCUGAGUGGAGCAGGCCGCGAGGAGGGCAAGAUCGCCAUCUGGAAAGUGGAGUAAGACCUCCGUGCCUUGUGAGAGGGCAACUCCCAACACACAGUUGCGUCCACGGCCAGUUGGGGCCCAUCGUCUACUCCCAAGGGCCUUCGCUUCCAACUGCUACCUUGGGUGAGCCAGCUACAUCUUGCUGCCGAUAACCUCCACUGUGAAGUUACCUCAUAUUACCUAGAAUCUUCCAGAAUCCAAUUUAGCUGUACCACCCGUGACCUCCAGUCCUCAUGCCUGGCCUCUCCUCGCUGGCUCUUCAUCUGUUUACUCUGCCAACACUUGGGCUUCAGCGGCGUGGCUGGGGCUGGUGUGUGGCAGUUGGCCACAGCGCCUUCCAGGUUCUAUUGACUUCCUGCUUCCAGAGAGGCUCCUGAGUAUUUGAGGUGAACACUGACAGAACCUGCUUGAGCUAGCCAGGCUGUCCUUCCUUCAGAGCAGGUGACCGAGGCCUGCCCCAGGAAGGGGACAGUACUGCUCAGGUUUGUCUGUGCAGAAACUGGGCAGCUGAGUGGCUUGGUCUUUGUAUUAAAGUUUUAAUGAAGAAGAAACAAAUAAUUGUAGGCAGGAAGCGCAUCCCAGAAGCUCACGCGUGUGUAGCUGCCUCACUGGCUCACGAUGCACUUGCAUUUUGUGUGUCUUCUGCACGUGCACACAGAGCCUCUCUCCUGAACUGCAGAUCGCCGUCUGCUCAGAGGCCUCUGCGUGUUUACCACACUGCUCCAGUUUCAUUCUGGAAGUGUUUUGUGUGGAUGCUGGGCCCAGAGAGGACAAGACCCGUCCCCCGUGUAUCCUCCUGUGAGCUCUGCUUGGAGCCCUCUGGAUCCCAACUCGGUGUUUCAGGACUCCAUGUGCGCCACGUUAGAGGUGGUCUGCCAAUGGUCUGUGUCUGUCUCUGCAGACCAGCGCCUAGAGGUACUUGACCUUUUGCGAGUGGAGAUGUGGGUCUUUGCCACCAACUGCUGCUUCCCUUGAGGCGUGGCUCCUAUGAACAUUGUACAGAGGAUGCCUCGGAGCCACACCCCUCGCUAGAGUCUGUGUUCCCCGAGGGGGUGCUCCAGAUGUCCAGAAAGACAAUGUGGCCAGCAGUUAAGGGCACAGGCUCAGCCAGUCUCUGUAAAUACAGGAAGCCUGGUGUAAAAGUCCAUCAUAAAUGGAUUCUAAGUUAUUUAAUGCCAGUCCAUAUGUGACCAGGUGUUUACAAUGUGUGGAUUAA